GGAUUCGGAUUUCAUUACCAUCGUCUACUUCAGUUGUAGCACGUACACAUAAUCCAAAAUGUAGCUUAUUACAUUUAUUGCAUUACUGGUAUAUCGUCUCAAGGUGAAAGAAAAACAAACCACUCAAGAAAAUAUGCAUAAAUUCAUUAGUCGUUCGUAGGAAUUGCUCUUUACACACACAUAUUAAUUAGAAAUGAAACAAUGUGCUUACAUACUAAAUCAAUCCAGUGGACUCAUUUUUAAGAAAAGAAAUUCAACCAACAAACGCUUUAACAUAACGUGAUGGAUGAUGAACGCAUAAGAAGAAGAGGAGAGUUGUAGUAAGGAUUCAGUAGUGAUUGAUAUGAAGUAUGUAUAAAAUCGUUUUCUUUAAUAAACAGAGAGGAAAAUUUUUCGAUAGCGAGUAGUAUACAAGAGAAUUUAUUAUGUUAGGCGUUAUCAUGGAUUGGUUCUUUAUUUGUUUGAAUUGUAGCAGCAAUAUCAUCAUUACCGUCAGUGUUAACAUUUGACGAUGAUUCACCAUCUUCUUCUUGUUGAUCACGUGCAUUAUCCACCCAUAGGCCACUAUCAACACAUCUUUUCAUAUGAUAUUCAGCUUGUUGUGGAUCCAUACUGCAUAAUACUGUUUUUAAUAACUCAACAUCUUUUUUCUCAAAACACUCUUGAAGAUUCUUGUAGCGUGAGAAAUAAAAUAGGAGAAAACUAAGUUAUCUACAUAUAUUACAUACAAUGUGCAUAAACGAGAACAAAUGUUAUUAAUCUUUAAUCAUUGAUUACGUGAUUAUUGCAUAUUUCAUCAGUGAUGGAAUGGUAACUAUUUAGUCAAAGAAAAGCUGUGAUCUGUUCUGUCAACUAUAAAUAUGAAUAAAUCAUACUAAAACGAAAAUCGACUACAAUUCUAAAUAUGUCGUUUUUGAAUCACUUGUCCAAAAAUAUGUUUUGCCUUUGGAGCAAUUUCAACGUCCUGUGUAUGAAGUUGUCGUUCAUACACAUUGUUUCUGAUGGAUCAUCUCUUAAUUAGAACGAAAAAAGUUAAACAUUAUUCUUAAACUAAUUUAAUCAGGUGAAAAUGACCUGACCAAAGCUGUUAGUUGUUGUUAUUACUUCAACUUAAACCCCUUUAUGUAGUUUUUCAAUUGAUAUAUGUUGUUUGUCUGAAACUUACAUACAUAAACCAAGUGUGAUUAUUCAUUCACCAGGCUAGUGUAAAAUAUCAAUACAAUUCACAUUUCGGGUGUAUCUGGAGUCUCAAGCAAUUUGUUAUGGUAUAAAUAGACAUACGCGUAGCAUUAAUUCCAAAAGUAAAAUUUACACUCCUAGAUCGAACUCCAGUUGUUUGGACUUUAGCAUAAUGAACAAAAUAGUAAGAAUUUUGAAAGAUAUGUAUACAAUUUGUUAUUUCCUGGCACUGUCUGUAUACGUUCCCACUAACUAUGGUUUAGAUAAAAUGAGAAGUGUUUUAACACCCAACUAUUAUCCGAGGUGGUAGCAUUCAAUAUGCUUGUGGAACCUGGCUUCUCCGAGCUGAGGAUGUUAGACGACUUUGUGUUUGAUCAUCGUUGUCUCCGAAGGAUUGCUGAUAUGCAGUGGCAAUACCAUGUUAGUAAUGCAGAAGUUCAGCAUUGUGCGUUCGGGCGCAGCGACGAUAAUGCAAUUGAUGUCACUAUCUUGAGACAUCGACUUCGGUGGCUUGGACAUGUCCUACGAAUGUCGUCCCAGAGAAUUCAACGUCGUGUAUUAUUUGCCGACGCUGGGACUGGUUGGAAAAAACAGAUAGGUGGUCAUUGUAUGACAUGGUGUUGUGGCAUGAAAGAAAGCUGCAAAGGGCUGGCUUCUGUUGGUCCUUCUCGACUCCCUGGUUUGAGUCCUAGAGAUGGUGCAACACAGUGGCUACAGACGUUAUCAGAUAUGGCUCAGAAUAGAAGCCAGGGGUGAUCCUGCUGUACCCUAUUUUCACUUUCUUC